UUUCAACAGUCUCACUCCUCUGUUGUUUACACUCUUGACAUGAUCACUCUCAACAGGAAAAACAGCAAAAAUCAAGAGACCUUCUAUUUAUUCUCUUAUAAACAAUGAUGUUUUCUUACAGACGGGGAAUGGGAACUAGCUUCAGUGACGCAAAUUCAAGGUAGUGGCGGCCCUGGUGGUUUUGUGGUGGUGAUUGUAUGUAAUGAUGUUAUUGUACUUCAGGGGUAGUGACGGUGGUGUUUGUGGUGAUGCUAGUUUACAAAGUAAGAGACUACAAUCAUCUAGACGCUAGCUGGGUGGCACCACAAGAAGCACUUGUCCUGCCCAUAGCCGUCCUAGCUAUCCUGCUCCUCUCUGCUAUCUUCGUGGGAUACCUGUGGCUGGCGGAGUCUCGAGAAGAAGCUUGUUCUGGGUCAGCACCAUGCAGCAGUGACCUGACCACCUUCUCUGUGGUAGUCAUCGUCGUCCUGAGUCUCCCUUUGCUGGUGUUCUUCUAUGUGACCGCAGCUGUGGGCCUCCUCACCGCCUUCUUUGUCAUCUUAUCCUUCAUCUACUACUGCAGCGGUGAUGCUAUGCACCAGGAGGUGAAGAUUUUACAUGAAAAAUGAAGAAAAACUGACUUGAGCAUCAUCGCUACCACCACACUUUUCUCUAUAUUAUUCAACACUAUGUGAAGUUUUUAUCUGAGAAAUAAAGAAAACACAGAUGCGUUACAGAACUAAAUGCCACCGGAACAACAGUUUGCCCUUAGAGUUUUAAGAUGGUGUUGAUUUAAUAACUGUAUGACAUGAUAAAAGCUCUUAUGCAUAUUUAAACGCAGUCAUUAUAAAAUAUUGCUCAACAACUACGUACUUUCUUCAAUACAAACAGAGGUACGACAUUUGGACUAAAAGAGAAGAGUUUCUCCGAUGCUAUUAUUGUUGAUAGUACAUGAAUAAGACACGGGAUGAAUAAGACAUGUGUGCAAUUCUGAAUUCAAAAGAAUAUUAAAUACAUUAUGUUUAUUUAUUUAUUUAUUUAAAAAUUUGAGCACACAUACAGAGGUACAACAAAUACAGAUAAGAGCAGUAUGCCAAAGCCACUUAUACUAUGCAUAGCAUUACGGGCUGGCUUAAAAUUAACUUAAGAUUAACUAAGCAAUGAUGAAAUCAGUGAUAAAACAUUAAUGUAAACAGAUUACUAUAAAGCACAAGUGAGUAUUACAAAGACAGGUCAUAUGGUUGCAUGCAUUGUUGUACAUUCAGUAGAAUGGAGUAUUCUGUUAGGUAGUGUAUUUAAAAAAUAAUAAAGUUAGAUUGGGUUUUAGGUUUAACAUUUAUGUGAUAUAAUUGUGAGAAACAUUUAAGAUAUACAAUUUAUAAGGUUCAGUUAUUCAGUAUUUAUUUGGUUUUGGGUGAGUAAGUGAUCUUUGAGAAGAGACUUGAAUUUAUAAACAGGUAGUGUUUCUUUUAUAUUUACAGGUAAUGAAUUCCAGAUUUUAGGGCCUUUCAUGUGCAUUGAGUUUUUGCAUAGUGUGAGAUGGACACGAGGAACAUCAAAGAGUGAUCUGUGCCUUGUGUUAUGGUCAUGUGUUCUGUUGAGGGUGGCAAGGAGAUGUUUGAGGGAGGGUUAAUAUCAGAGUUAAGUGUUCUAUGUAUGUAAUAGGUGCAGUAGUAAGUAUGGAUGUUUUGUAUGGUGAGGAGGUUUAGUGUAUUGAAUAUUGGUGGAGUGUGCUUAAUUUGCCUAAUUCCAUGGGAUUAGCACCAUGGCAAAGUCCCAGCCAUAAAUAUGACCUGUGUCCACCCUAUGUAUAAACAAGGUGUUAGACUCCUCUCCCAAUGUAACAGUAUAUUUAUUUGGAUUCAAUCAUCCAAUAUUUUCUUGUUUGAUAUAUACUCCUAAAAUCGGUAUGCCUAGAAGUUACAGAGUAAAUUCUUCCUGUUGAUGGGCUAAAAGAUUUGUUCAUCAGUAGAUGCUUGACAGUAUU